AUGGCUCUUCUUGGAUAUAAUCAAAUUCGAUUGGCAGGUGAGAAUGAGGAGCUCACUCCAUUUCGUACUCCUAAGGGUAUUUAUUGUUAUAAAGUAAUGCCCUUUGGUCUCAAAAAUGCUGGAGCCACAUAUCAAAAAGCAAUGCAAAGUAUCUUUGAUGACAUGCUUCAUAAAAAUAUCGAGUGUUAUGUGGAUGAUUUAGUUGUUAAAUCACAGAAAAGAAGUAAUCACUUGGAGGACUUGAGACUAGUAUUUGAUCGGCUGAGAAGGUAUCAACUCAAAAUGAACCCUCUCAAGUGUGCAUUUGGAGUCCCGUCGAAGAAAUUUCUUGAUUUUGUGGUUCGCCAUCGAGGUAUUGAAAUUGAUCAGGCCAAAAUUGAUGCUAUAUUGAGGAUGCCUGAAUCUUGUGACAUUCAUGAAUUGAAAAGUCUUCAAGGACGAUUAGCUUAUCUGCGGAGAUUUAUCUCAAAUUUAGCAGGAAGGUGUCAACCAUUUAGUCGCUUGAUGAAGAAAGAUGUGCCAUUUAAAUGGGUUGAGACAUGUAGUAAUGCAUUCAAUAACAUUAAGUCUUAUCUUAUGAAAACACCUGUGUUGGCUCCACCUAUUCAUGAAAAGCCAUUACUCCUUUAUAUUGCUGCCCAAGAACGGUCGGUGAGGGCAUUGCUCGCUCAAGAAAAUAAUGAAGGAAAAAAGGUUGCCCUUUAUUAUUUAAAUAGAAUGAUGACCCCCAACGAACUAAACUACUCGUCAAUUGAAAAGUUGUGUUUAGCCCUUAUUUUUACAAUAAAGAAGUUAAAGCACUACUUUCAAGCGCAUAGUGUGAGGCUCAUUUUCUGGGCGAAUCCCAUAAAAUAUGUGAUGAGCAGACCAAUGCUGUCCGACCGUCUAGCUAGAUGGUAUCUUCAAUUACAACCAUUUGAAAUUAUUUAUGUGCCUCAAAAAGCUGUGAAAGGACAAGUUCUGGCAGAUUUUCUUUCUGAUCACCCGAUACCUGCUGAAUGGGAACUAAGUGAUGACCUACCAGAUGAGAGUGUACUCCUUAUCGAGAUUCGUCCACCAUGGAAAAUGUAUUUUGAUGGUGCUGCUCAUAGUCAUGGGACUGGAGCGAGGAAUGUAUUCGUGACUCCUGAUAGAGGGAUAUUGCUAUACUCUUUUACUUUAAGUCAACAUUGUUCAAACAAUGUCGCUGAGUAUCAAGCUCUCAUACUCGGAUUUGAAAUAGCUGUUGACAUGGAACAGUUGAACAUUCAAAUCUAUGGUGACUCUCAAUUAGUGGUUAACCAACUCUUGGGAAGUUAUGAAGUCAAAAAGUCCGAGUUAAUUCCGUAUCACAAAUAUGCAACGCGACUAAUGAGGCGGCUUGGAGGUGUAAGUAUUAAGCAAGUUCCUAGAAGGGAAAAUAAGCAAGUUGAUGCAUUAGCUGCGCUAGUCUCUUCACUUACCAUGCUGAAUCAUGAGAUACAAGUUCGUGUAUGCCAAAAGUGGGUAGUUUCAUCACUAAUUGAUGAUAAAGAUAUUGAAGGAGGCGACGCUCAUGUGGUCUCAACCUAUGAAAUUGACAAAGAAGAUUGGAGACAACCCCUCGUUGAUUAUCUCAAGUAUCAAAAACUACCUGAGGAGCAACGUAGGAGAACUGACAUCUGUCGCCGUGCCCCUCGUUUUAUCUUGUAUAAAGAUAUGUUGUACCGAAAAUCAUUUGAAGGUGUACUGUUGCGCUGUCUGAGCGAAGACGAGGCAUAUCGAGCGAUGCACGAGGCACAUUCUGGAAUAUGUGGAGCUCAUCAAUCCGGUCCCAAAUUACAUUUUCGGAUUAAAAGGAUGGGGUACUAUUGGCCUACUAUGGUAAAAAAUUGCAUAGAAUAUGCUCAAAAAUGUCAAGUUUGCCAGUUUCAUGCAAAUUACAUUCAUCAACCACCUGAGCCGUUACACCCGACCGUUGUUUCUUGGCCUUUUGAUGCUUGGGGUCUUGAUGUUGUGGGGCCAUUACCAAAGUCGUCCGGUCAACAUUUAUAUAUAUUAGCUGCGACCGACUACUUUGCUAAAUGGACUGAAGCCAUACCACUCAAGCAAGUUAGAAAGGAAGAUGUGGUGAAUUUUAUUCGGGUGAGUAUUAUUUACCGUUAUGGAGUUCCCCGGUACAUUAUCACUGAUAAUGAAGAAUCCUUCUCAAAUAGCUUGAUGGAUAAGUUGUGUGAAAAAUUUCAUCUCAGGCAACGCAAGUCUUCCAUGUAUAAUGCCCCCGUCAAUGGUAUUGCAGAGGCAUUUAACAAAACUUUAUGUAACUUGUUGAAAAAAGUGAUGGCUAAAUCAAAGAAAGAUUGGCACGAAAGAAUAGGCGAAACUCUUUGGACUUAUCGCACCACAUAUCGAACUCCAACGCAAGCCACACCAUAUGUCUUAGUCUAUGGUGUAGAAGUUGUCCUGCCUCUUGAGCAACAAAUUCCUUCUUUGAGAAUUGCUAUCCAAGAAGGGCUCACGGAAGAAAAAAAUGUUCGCCUGCUCCUUGAAGAAUUGGAAGCUUUAGAUGAAAAGAGAUUGGAAGCCCAACAAAAUCUCGAAUGCUAUCAAACCCGUCUCUCUAGAGCUUUUAAUAAGAAAGUUCGGCGUCGCUCCUUUCAAGUCGGGGCAUGGUACUUGCCGUUCGAAAGUCAAUAG